AACGACGACCUGAAAACAGCAUUUGUCUUGAUUCGAUGGCUCUCAUCUGACGGAAGCAAAAAAGUAGUGACGAAGAGAAAGGUUUACAAUCGAAAGUUACAAAUAUAUAAGGAAACUUUUGGUCGGGCUGAGCUUGACCAGCAUGACCUCUAAAUACGCCACUGAGGCCUUGGUUGUUUAAAAAAACAGAGCAACAGUCAAACUUGGGAUCGUGAAGACUUUGCACUUGAGAUGGAUCCAAUGUCAUUAGGGUCAAGCAUAUUUGCAGGCAUUCCAACCCACGGGACAAAACUACUUGAUUGGCUUGGCAAAGUUAAAGGUGAAUUAACAACACUGAAAUCAUUAUCGAGAAAAGAUCUCCUUAGCAGUAUCAGUCAACUCAAUAUAGGAAUUACAACACUGAAUUUAGCUGAGUCAAGCAAUCCAACAGAAUUACAAAAACAAGAGCGACUGAAGUCAGCUGAACAGUCUUUCGUACAGGCAACUAAAGAGGCAAACAAGGCAUUUAAUGAUGAAUCAUUAAAAAUUGAAGAAAAAAUAACAGCAUGCUGGAUUUGCAUUGUAAGUUCUGUUCAUCAACAUUUUAAUGAUAGCGAGGCAGCCGGAAAUGAAUCAAUGCUCCACCUAAAGAACCUAAACACAUUGCCAGAGGUUGGGAAGCUAUUUUCAAAUUCUCAACCAAAAUUUUACAAAGACGCUCGGGUUAAAAACGUUGACAAUGUACUGAUGAUAAAUUUAUCAGUGGCUGAUUUCAUAGCAAAACACACAUGCCAAAGAAAGGUUGUUCUCGACUGGCCAUUGAUUCAAUUUGGUGAGCAUAAGUUUCAUCCCCUGUAUUUUAAAUAUGUUGAAGAUAUCACAACUGCUUCAAUUCCUUGGUGCGCAUAUCAUUUUUGCACUGAUGAAGUUGAAGUAUUUUUCAACAAAGAAAUCAUUUUAACCAAUGAAGGAGAACUACUAACUUUUUCUGGAAACAAUCUCCAAAAACUCGACAGUGAAACAGGAAAACUUCAACCGUGGUGUAAAGAAAAAUGGGAGAUUGAUGAUUGGCAGGUUAGAUGUAUGACUGUUGAUAACAACGGCGUGGUGUAUGUUCUUUCUGGUUAUGGUGGCAAACAUGUCUGGACAUAUCAAUUGACAGUUUUUUCAGAAAAUGACGCUAUCCAACAAUCUACUUUGAAGUUUCUUGAUAAUAUAUACGCACGAAACUUGUUUAUGGCCGUCACAAAUGAUGAAGUAAUUGCUAUUGCAUUUGUUGAGGGAGACCAACCUAACAUCAACCUAUGUGUAUGCUACAAAACUGGUUCUCCCGUUCUCACACCUUGUAGGAUUAUAGGCAUUCAUAAUCCACUUGUCGAUGAGUUGAAAUGUUUGUCUUUUUCUGCUGAUAGAGAAAUAGCUUUGAUAACCUAUCGACACAAAUAUAAACAUUAUCGACUCCUCUUUUACAGCAUGGAAGCAAAAUUACUUAAACACGUGAUUUUCAAACCAAGCACUGGUGAGAUCAGAGUGUAUAAUCAAGUUAUUUACACAACUGUCACCAACACUAUCACAGGUUUCUACUUAAACAAUGCUGGUUCGAAGUUAGUGAUUGAGACUUUUUCUGCUGAAACUAAAAAACUUCAGUGGACCCUUACGUUGAUGAACACAGGAUAUUAUUCAGAAAUGUUUAGUGAUUCGGCUCGAGUUGUACACCACGUUAACGGAAUGGUGGCUUUUGUGACAAAAAACCGAAUAGUUUACAUUGAUAAAAAAAUGACCCACAGAAAUCUGUGAAUGACAAAUUCGAAUCAUGCAUGACAAGGGAUGUUUAUCCUACAUUAAGUCAACAAAAUUUGAUCACAAUUAGAAAGAAAGCCAUUUUUUCGGAUGAAAAAUUUCCUCAGGGUAACGUUGACAUUACUGAAUGUUCCUUUCAAAAGAGCAAAGGAGAAAUGGAUGGAAAUUUAGAAUAGACUGUAGACACACGUAUAUGUAAAAACGGCUGCUAAGAUACUGUUUUGAUUUUUUAAAAACGGCCUUUUCGUGUUAAGGUUAAUAUAGUCGCGAUUAAGCGAGCAGCUUGCUCGCAGGAAUAAGCUACAGGAGAAGGCCUUCCUUAUUUACACAAAAUUUUACGAGCACUUGAAAAUAUUCUAAAAACAGCAUGGUCAACUCCAGAGGAGGUGGUAAACUUUACUUGUAACUAACCAAGUGCUUAUUAUUUAUUGUAGUAGGCCAAAAAGACCAAUCGUUUGUCAUAAGAAUCUUCGUAUGGACUAAAUGAAAGUCGUGUUUGAGAAAGUCAUCAGUAAUGCAUGUCUGUUAUGAAAAAUGCUAUACAUUUUAAAGUACAAUAUUUUGCUUACUUCAUUCUUCUCAUUUCCUUGUUUUACACUGAUUUGCUGAUGAUUAAGUGAGAAAGUAAGCUUAAUAAAGGAACUAGAAUUAAAAGGACUUUAUAAGCUAAAAUGUAAGUAGCUUUGAGUUUCUUUAGAUUAGAAUAGUUCAUAAUCAAGAGAUUUUUAGAAUUUGCUGCUGUAGUUUUAUGUAAUUUGUGAUAAAAUUGCUAAAUUUACAGGAUUUCACUUCAUUCGCAUUCUACGAACUACAUCACUCACAAGUCCCAAUCCGACGAAAGUUAGAGACAUGGAUUAAGACAAAUGAGACAGAAUGUAUAAUGACCAUAAGAAUUGGAGCUCAAGACGGCAACGAGCUCAGAAAUUAAAAGUCCUCGUGUUAAUUUCAUUUUUACGCGUGAAGAGAUGAAGUAACAAGAAUCAAUCAUAAUAUAUAAGUCGUCAUUGCUUUUAACUUUUGAGGAUUAGGCUCAAAGCAAUCUUAACUUACAUCAUGUCGUGAGUCGAAGAAUAUAAGAAAAGAAAUCAAAAUCGACUAAAAUAUUUAAGGAGAAGAAAAUUUUCCACUUUACUGGCAUUUUUUCCUUGAAUUGAUUUACUUUUAGAAAAAUAGAAAGUCUUCCAUAGGCGGCAUGCAGGCAAACGCUAGUUUUUCUCUCGCCAUGCAGAUAUGUUGUUACUUAUAAAUAAUAGAUAGAAACCAAAGCAUGAAGUUUUGCGCUUUCAUAUAAACAAAUUUAAACACAA